AUGUCUAUUGAUUCAGUGACAUGUCAUAAUUUAACUGUGAUAAAUAGAGCAAAUGAGGUCUCAAUUGGUUGUCAAGAUAAAGAUGAAAAGAUGACAACACUUUUAAAAAAACUUUGUUUCUCUGAAAAAGAAUGCGCAGCUGUUGAGAGAUGCACACGAAACCAAUCAAACUCUAAGGAAUGGAUUGAACAUCGAAAAGGACGACUGACAGCUUCAAAACACCAUGAAUAUUAUACCAAAAUUAACACAAUAAUGAAAACCAGAACUCCUGUCAAACCAAAGACUACUCCAUCAGUUUCAAGUUUAUUGCACCAAGACAAAAAGUUGGACAAAGUUGCAGCUGUCCAAUGGGGGAAAUGCAGAGAAGAAGAAGCACUUAAAGAGUUCUAUGCUCUAGAAGCAACAAAACAUGUUGACUUCAAGCUUGAGAAAAGUGGACUCUAUUUGGACAAAAAUAGGGCAUACAUUGGUGCAUGGAGAUGGAAUACUGUACUGCAAAUGCCACGGUAAAGCUGUCAUUGAAAUAAAGUGCCCAUUCAGUAUAAAGGAUAGUAAAAUAGCUGAUGGAUAUGGAAAGUGUGACUUUCUGACAUUGGAAGAUGAUUCAAUUGUUCUUAAGACAAGUCACAAGUAUUACACACAAAUUAAUUCCCAGAUUGCUCUAAGCAAUUCUACAUGUGGAUAUUUUGUUGUCUGGACAUCCCAAGACAUUCUUGUGCAAAACAUUGAAUUCAACAAAAAUCAUUGGGAAGCUGUAUCUACAAACUUGGAAAUAUUUUUUAAAAGUUAUGUGGCUGAAAGAAUUUUGAGAUUGAACCCUAUCGAGUUUUGUGGAUCAUGUGAAAAAGUACUAUUUGAAGAAAAUGAAAUUGCAGAGAAUGAACUUGAUCUUAGAAGUAUUUGUUGUGACCAGUGUAAUUGCUGGUAUCACCUGAAGUGUCAAGGGCUUGAUGAUGUUGUGGAUGGAGAAUGGUUGUGUUUACUUUGUUUAACAAACAUUUCUGUUGAUUGA